AUGGCCUCGCCAUUUCUGAUUCGCCGUGCAUAUUUCCUAGAGCAGAUGAAACAUUCUGUAUUAGAUGGACCGCUGAUGCCAUUUGUGGAUUUGUUCUUGCGGUUGGCUCAUCCCACAAACGAUAAACAUGAUCGUGCCGGUGUGGCCGUUGCAUGUGUGGAUGUCCUAUUCCAUGUGGCCAAUCACCAGUCACACCGCGGUCUGGGUGUGAGUGAAACCGAACGAGAUCAGUGGACUGAAUUAGCUCGUCAAUGGACUGUGAAUCGUUUACUCCUUCCGGGCCAAAGAGAUCAUCGGUGGAUGUGCGACGAAGUGAAAAUCAAUUGCAACCAUUUUCAACGUGGUGGUCUAAUGAUGCCCGGGUGUUGCUUGGAAGAGUUAGCCCGAUGUUCGAAGGCAUUCUUGAAUCUCGCUGCCGCUCACGGUGUGUGGACCUGCACAUUCUCGGGCAAUGUGGUCGCCUCGAUUAAAUUGCUCGGAGCAUUCUUGCCAUGGGAACGCGAUAGUGAUUUUGGAUGGGACGCCAGGAAGCAUGAACUCAUUCAGGGUCCAAUAAAGACUGAACUGGAACAGAAAUAUCAUUGCUAUCUGGGUGAUACAGAAUACUAUACAGAAUUCAAAGAAGAUGUAGAAAAGUGUGCCAUGGUGACGAAUACAUCGUGUAUGUAUCAUCCACUGAAAUCAACCAAUUGGCGAAUACAGCUUUACGGGGAGCCGCGAAACUUACAUCGUGAAUAUUUGUACGGUUUGCGAAACCCAACUUUAAUCAAUGUGGACGGAAUUUGGGGGGCCACGUAUCCCAACCCCGGUCUUGCAAUGCGUGGUUUGUACGGAGAUAAUAUUCUUGGACAUAUUCAACACUGGCUGGAUUAUCAUCAGGGAAGUGGCUGGACAGACUACACGCAUGUGGAGGCGGCACCUCCCUUGCCUUGUCCACGUGAUGCACCCAAACACGCCUGCUUUGUUGGCAACUAUUUACCUCUGGGUAAUAUACAAUUCCAAGAUAUCUUGGUUUGA